AUGCAGCACAACAUCUAUAGUCUAGGCGUCUGUUUGCUGGAAAUCGGCCUAUGGACGUUUUUUGUUGAGCUCGCUAGCGGCUCAGAUGAGGAGCCUUGCCCACGUGCAUUGCUGGACAUUUGCCUGGAGCUUGGCAUAAGGAAUAAACCACAGGCGGCGUUGAGGAUCAAAAGAGAAGCUGGUGGCUCACGCGAAAAUUAG